GGCCUGUUUCUGAUCCUAGGAGGGCAUCCCUCUUUUAACCCCCCCCCCCCGCCGCCCAUUCUCCGGAAGCGGAGGGAAGGAGGCGCCGCGGGGCAGCGGGGGCGCUCCCGCCAGUGCCAGGCCCGGCCCCGCCUUUCCCUCCCUCCCUCCCUCCCGGGCGGCGAGCGGGGCUCCUCCUCCUCCUCCUCCUCCUGCUGCUGCUGCUGCACCUGCCGGGCGCCCCGACCCCCCUUCCUCCUGCUGCUGCUGCUGCUGCUGGGCGCUGCCUGCCCGGGUCGGGGCUGCGGGGGGCCCUCCAUGGCCGGGCUGAGGCUGCGGCUGGCCUGCUGCUGGCUGCUCGUCGUGGCCCCUCACUUAAUGAUGGUCAGUGGAUGUCAUGAAGCCAGCUAUGGCAGUUUCAUCCAGGAAUUCUGCUUCAGCAAGUUUAAAUCUGAUAUGGGAACUCUCAGGAAGAUGCUGUGGUGUGAUUGGGAUAAAACCUUUGGUUGGUACGGGGAACUUAUCAACUGCACCAUCCUGAUAGCUUCAAAGCUGGAUUGUUACUGGCCGAACAAACUAGUGGAUGAGUUCUUUGUGGCAAUUCACCAGCACUACUUCAAAACCUGCCCUGUCUCUGGGAGGUCUUUACGUGACCCCCCAAACUCCGUCCUGUGUCCGUUCAUUGUGGUCCCCGUCUUUGUCACUCUGCUCGUGACGGCGCUGGUGGUGUGGCGCAGCAAGCGCAGUGAAGGUGUCGUCUAAACUUGUUCAGUCUCCUAGAAGCACUUGCAAAAUCUUUUGCUGUGGAUGGAAGUAACUUAGAAGUCUCCGAGUCUCCCAUUAAGGGAACUGUGGUUAAUUCACAUUGGACUGCAAGGCUGUCGUGAAGAACAAGUUUGCUAUUCAUGCACAGGAAUAUGGAUUUUAAAAAAAAUGUUUUUACUUAAAAAAACCCAUUUUGCCACCUAGAGAAAAGUGACAUCACUAGCUCCAUUAGAACUAGCAAAUGUAUCAAGAAGUACACCUAGGGUACGUCUGUACUAUUGGGUAUGUACUAUUAGAUAGCUCCUCAAAUUUACUUGGCCUUUUGGUAAUUCCUGGGUUAUUUUCUCAGUGGUGGUUGUUAUUUGGUCGUUUCCUGCACCUAUACAUUUGCUUCAUGAUUUUGAGCUUUUCUUUUGGCCAGAUCAUUUGGGGAAGAAUUCUGUAAGGAUAUUUGGACACAGCCUUCAAUGGUGUUGCUGCCUGAGCCGUGUGUGGUGCUGUGCUGUUUUUAAGGUAAUUUUUUUCAGUAAGGACAAAAUACUGUCAAUAUUACAUUUUUCAGUUCCAGCUGCGAGUCCCAGGACCAGCCGGGCAAUGGCUAGAAUGCAAGUUUAUGGCAUCUGUUGAGAAAUGCCAUCCACCCCAAAAUUCACCCCGGUGUUUUAUUGAUUAUGACGGGGUUCUGUCCUUGGUAGGAGCUCUGCUGCUGAGUGGUGGCUGCAGAAGGGAGAGAGAUGGGAGCUGAGCUUGAAUGCUCCCAGCACAGAGCUUGAACACUCCUAGUUAUGCUAAUAGCUGACCACCCUUUCCCCUGCUAGUAAGUGACCCCUGAGGGCCAGCGUGCUUGUCGCAGUUACAGUGUCAGAUUAGGGUGAGGGAAACCCAGGUCCAAGUGCCCACUCUGCUAGGGAAGCUUGCUGGAUGACCCUGGGCAAGUAUUUGGGCAAGGAAUACCAGGGACAUGGCAAUGACAAACCACCUCUGAAUGUCUCUUACCUUGGAGACCCUACGGAGUUGCCAGUCACACCUGGAGUCCUAAAGCUUGGAAGACUGAAGAAGGAAACUUCAUUGGAGACAGGAAGGCCACCCCAAGUUGAAGGAGGGAGAGGUUAUAAAAAAUUGUAGCCAUCAGGGAGUCUCUCCCUCUCUCUGCCCUUUGUAUGAGAACAAGACACAAUGGCUUUUUACCAGAGGACUCCCAUCUGUCCUUGAGGCAGGGAACAAUGGGGUGGAAUCCCAGCCUCGUGAACGGUGUGCUGCAACUUCAAAUAAACUUUGCCUGUCCUAAAAUUCAGCAUAAUUUAAGGAGCACCUGGUGUAGAGACAGGGGAAUUUGUGUUUUCUCCCUUGUCCAUGUUUAUUUGUCUGUGUUGCUUGACUAGUUCAGGUGUCUGCUUUUAUUGCUUUAUUAAAUUUUCUUACAUUCUAAA